UUGAAGUCCUCUUCUCUCCGCCGUCUCCAAAACCAUAACCAGUCACCGAGAGAGAGAGAGAGAGAGAGAUGGGUCGGGUGAUCCGAGCUCAGCGCAAGGGAGCCGGCUCCGUCUUCAAGUCCCACACCCACCACCGCAAGGGUCCGGCCAGGUUCCGGAGCCUCGACUUCGGCGAGCGAAAUGGCUACCUCAAGGGCGUCGUCACCGAUAUCAUCCAUGAUCCAGGACGGGGCGCCCCGCUGGCCCGCGUCACCUUCCGCCAUCCGUUCCGUUACAAGCACCAGAAGGAGCUUUUCGUCGCCGCCGAAGGCAUGUACAGCGGCCAGUUCGUUUUCUGCGGCAAGAAGGCCAACCUUAUGGUCGGCAACGUCUUGCCUCUCCGCUCUAUCCCUGAAGGAGGCGUCGUCUGCAACGUCGAGCACCAUGUUGGCGACCGCGGCGUCUUCGCUAGGGCUUCUGGAGACUAUGCGAUUGUUAUCAGCCACAAUCCGGAUAAUGAUACCAGCAGAAUCAAGCUUCCAUCUGGAGCCAAGAGAAUCGUGCCCAGUGGCUGCCGCGCCAUGAUUGGUCAGGUUGCUGGUGGUGGGAGGACCGAAAAACCACUCUUGAAGGCUGGAAACGCGUAUCACAAGUACAGGGUGAAGAGGAACUGCUGGCCCAAGGUUCGUGGUGUGGCCAUGAAUCCCGUGGAACAUCCGCACGGUGGAGGUAACCACCAGCACAUCGGGCAUGCCAGUACUGUUCGCCGUGAUGCUCCUCCCGGGCAAAAGGUUGGUCUCAUUGCCGCUAGGAGGACCGGUCGUCUUCGGGGCCAAGCAGCUGCCACAGCUUCCAAGUCCGACAAGGGUUCUUAAGAGAGAGAUUGGAGUUGAUUUAGUUCUUUAUGGUCGUACUAAUGUUUGGAUUUUUGAUAUAAUGCUGUUCCCAUGGCUACUUAGUUAUGUUUGCGUACGGUUGGACAUCAUACAUAUGGUCUUGAGAUGUUUUUCUUUUGAUUGAGGAUUGCUUUCCUACCUAGUUAUAUUGAACUUAAAACUAGUUUUAGUGUU